CGCCAAUCCUCUGAUCUCGUAAACGACACCCUUCGACUUGGCCAUGGCCGAUAGAGGCGACCGAGGUGGUCGAGGCGGUCGAGGAGGUCGGGGACGUGGUGGUCCUGGUGGUCCUCAAGACUCUCGAGGUGGAGGCCGAGGUGGUCGUGGAGGAGGGCGCGGUGAUGGCCGUGGAGGCGGGCGCGGUGAUGGCCGUGGAGGCGGGCGCGGUGAUGGUCGUGGGGGAGCCCCCUUCGAUGGCCAACGCGGAGGAAGAGGCCGUGGAGCGGGCCGUGGAGACGAAGGCCACACCGGUGGUUUUCGCGGAGGUUUCAGUGGCCCUGGACGCGGUGAAUCUGAUCGCGGUCGUGGUCGGGGAGGGUUUGACCGUGGACGUGGUGGCUUCGACCGCGGACGUGGAGGGUUCGACCGUGGACGCGGAGGGUUCGAUCGUGGACGCGGAGGUGGCCGUGGCCGUGGUGGAUUCCAGAGCAGUGGGCCUCCCGAGAAACCCGUCUUCACCAUCGAUGGAGCUGUUCCUGAGCCAGAUCUCGCAAUUAGCGAGCUUGAGCAACAGGUCGUAACUCAACAGACUGCCUCAAUGACACAGGUGGUCUCCAAGAUGGGCAAGCUUAAGGUGCAAGCCAAGGGAAGCACCACUUCUCUGUCCCAGGAACAGUUUCCUGCUCGGCCUGCCUAUGGAACACGCGGUACUGCUGUGGUCCUCUGGGCCAACUACUUCCGAAUCGUCACUAAGCUUGGUACCCUCUACAAGUACACCAUGGACGUGACUCAGAUUCAGACUGAGGAAACGGCCCCUGCUAAACCUAAGGGGAAAGGCAAGUCUAAGGGUCCAGCCAGACCUCAAACCAAGGAGGUCAAGGGUCGGAAGCUCUACUUCGUCAUUCGCGAGGCCCUCGUCGAGCUUUCAAAGAUGGACAAGUCGUUGGUGCUGGCCACUGAGUUCAAAUCCCAGCUGGUCUCGCUUCAGAAACUCAACCUUGAGAACAACCCACUUCGUCUGUCAAUCCCUUCUCAGAACAACCCCGACAGGCUUGAGACCUUCGAGGUCACCUUCCACGGGCCUGCCGAGGUACGAGUUGAUGACAUGCUGAAGUACCUUGGCUCCAGCGUUCCUGACUCCGAAGAUCAUGCUCUCCCUCGAUACCCGGAAGUUGUUGAUGCCUUCAACGUCAUCUUCGGUUUCGGGCCUAGAUCCAGAGUCGAUGAGAUCAGUCCAGUUGGAAGCUCUCGCUUCUUCUCUUUCAAGAAUGGCGGCAUUGCAACACCUCUCCUUUCCGACAACCGAACUCUUCAAGCUGCGCGUGGUUUUUUCCAAUCAGUUCGACUUGGCACAGGGCGCCUACUUCUUAACGUCAACGUCACCCAUGGAGUCUUCAGACUCGCCGGAAAGGUGAACGAAAUUUUCGAAAAUCUCCAAGUCAGGGCGGCCCCAAGAACGGACCGUCGCACUAUGCGGCUUUUGCGUCUCAUCUCCAAGUUCCUCCCCAAGGCCCGGGUCUGGGUGAAUAUGACACUGGCCAAUGGAAAGCAGAUCCGCAGUCAGAAGUCCAUCCACAGCCUUGCCACGGCCUCUGAACUUCGUCGAUCGAAGGGACAAAACCUCCCUGUCUUCGAUCGCGACUGGGAGUUUGUUGGGCCCCGAAAUGUUCAGUUCUGGAUGGAGACGCCGGGACAACAGGGUCGAUACGUUUCAGUAUUUGAUUAUUACAAAGAAAAGUACAAUGUUUCGCUGAAGGACUACCCGCUACUCAACAUGGGCAGUGCUGACAAGCCGACUUACGUCCCCGCUGAAUUUGUGGAAAUCCAGCCAGGACAGUCUGUCAAGGCUAAGUUGAUGCCCAGAGAGACCACCGACAUGGUCAACUUUGCUUGCCGGUCUCCCUACGCCAACGCUUUCUCGAUCACAAAUGAUGGGCGGGGAGCCCUAGGACUCGACGAUGGCUCACUUGAUCAAUUCGGCAUCUCUGUCGACAAACAUCUCUUGACGGUGCAAGGGCGAGUUCUUCCCUGCCCAGGGGUUACAUACAUGGAGAAGAAGAAGCCCAAGCCGCUCCACGUGCGCCCCAUGAACGCGUCCUGGAACAUGAGGGACGUCAAAGUCUUCAAGUCCGGGACCAUGAUCAACCGCUGGUCGUUUGUGAACAUCGUGCCUGACCGAGCAGGCCCGGUUGCUCGCCCAGUUGUGGAAGACUUUGCCAGGUUCAUGAGCGACAUGGGAAUCAACAUCAACACUUCCAUGGUGACACCUCCAACCGAGGCCAUGUCAGCCGAUAAUGUCGUCUAUGGGAGUGCGCUGGAGGGCUUCUUCUCGUGGGCUAAGCAGAACGGGAUCCAGUUUCUCCUCGUCAUCCUUGGGAGCAUGGACAGCGAGGUGUAUGCCAAGGUCAAGACCCUCGGAGACUGCACGUAUGGUAUCCAAACCAGCUGCGUGCAGGGCCAUUUCAAGAAGUUCGGCGGCAGCAGUCCGGGAUAUUUCGCAAACGUGGCGCUCAAGUGGAACCUCAAGGCUGGAGGUGUCAACCACAAGCUCCGUGAUGAUCUCGAUCUUCUGAAGGGCGGCAAGACUAUUGUGGUGGGAUACGACGUCACCCAUCCAACCAACAUGCCCGCCGGCAAGAGUGACGAGAUACCCAGCUUGGUUGGCCUGGUCGCCAGCAUUGAUCGCGAUAUGGGGCAGUGGCCGUCGAUUUCGUGGGAGCAAGCGUCUAAGCAGGAGAUGCUCGGACAGCAGCUUGUCGAUGCCUUCAAGUCGCGGCUGCAGCUGUGGCAGAAACACAACAAGGGUCAGCUGCCGGAAAACAUUGUCAUCUUCCGUGAUGGCGUCUCGGAGGGUCAAUUUGGACAGGUCCUUGAGAAGGAGCUCCCACUCAUCAAGGAGGCUUGCGGGGCACUGUACUCGGCGAAGAUGCAGCCCCUCUUGACCAUUGUUGUCUCUGUGAAGCGCCACCAGACGCGGUUUUAUCCCACGACGGAGAAGAAUUUGCCCAAGCACAUGAACAUCGAGAACGGCACCGUUGUGGAUCGAGGCGUCACACAAGCGCGAUACUGGGAUUUCUUCCUCACGGCUCACGCAGCCAUCAAGGGCACAGCUCGCCCUGCGCAUUACACGGUGCUCCUCGACGAGAUUUUCCGACCCAAGUACAAGAGCGAGGCAGCCAACGAACUCGAAAAGUUCACCCACGAGCUUUGCUACCUAUUCGGUCGGGCGACAAAGGCCGUGAGCAUUUGCCCCCCGGCGUACUACGCAGACAUUGUCUGCACGCGAGCGAGAGUGCACCGCCCUGAGUUUUCCGACGUCAGCGAUUUGGAGAGUGUCACAACAGCCGGCCCGGCAUCGAGUAUUGGAGGCGGUGGUAAGCAGGUUCACGAAAACCUGCGGGACUCAAUGUACUACAUCUAGUUGCGGCCGAACAAGGCCUUGGGAAUUGGUUGACGAUAUUGUUGAUGAGUGACGACUGCUAUUGCUUGGUUUGUGGCGACGUUAUGAUGAGCCUGCUACGGCAUUGGCUUAGUUUUUGCAACUUCAGGAUGAAGACUAUCACGACUAGCUUGGUUGAGAAUGGGUGAACAAGUACCAACAACCGAGAGGGAUCAUGUUGCUGUAAUAUUAGCUUGGACUGAUGACUUGGUAUAUGCCAACUCAGUCUCUAUG